AUGUUUAUCUCACGAUCCAGAAGGGCCACUCGCGCCUGUAUCUGGUGUCAACAGCGCAAGGUGCGCUGUGACGCAUCGUUUGGCGGAUGCCCUUGCUCCAGGUGCCUCCAGGAUGGCCAGCUAUGCACCUUCCGGGAGCGAGCUCCACGCGCAUCGAAGGGCCUUGUCUUGAAAAGAAGAAACCCGGCAUCGUACAAGCUGAAGGAAACCGAGAGUCCCGAGAGUCCCCUAGAUCCAUCACCGCAAACACAGCAGAGCCACGAAAUAAGACCUGACAGUGGCGGCAGACCGCCGUCGCUCGAGAUGUCAGGUAGUCCAGCUGGUGUGCCCAUGUCGAGCUCUAAUGUUGAAUUCUCUUCCUAUCCAUUCCUCGAGCUUCGCUCGUUGUCUUGUUUGGACAAAUGGGAUAUAUCAUACCUAGGCUCAAAAGGAUGUUUUACAAUACCCGUUCGACGGAUUCUCGAUGAAUUUGUGAAAAAGUACUUCUUGCAUAUCCACGUCGGCGCCCCUAUACUAGACCAGGCAGAGUUCUGGCAAUUGUACUGCCAGCAAGGGAAUCGCGUAUCAUCACACGGUCGCAAUCUCUCUGUCUUAGUGCUACAGGCCAUGUUGUUCAGAAGCUGUCCGUAUGUGUCAUUAGAGGCACUGCGUGAAUGUGGGUUUAAGGACCGGCCCACAGCGAGCGAUGCCUUCUUCAACAGAGCCAAGCUGCUACUAGAUCUGAAAGCCGAAGACCAACCAUUAGAACGCGCUCAGGGAGCAUUGUUGCUCUCGUACCAAGCCUCCCCAGAUGAUCCUCAAAUUGGUAGCUUACUUCUAGCCAAUGCUAUACAGAAUGCCAUCAUCCUAGGAAAGCCACCGAAGCCAUCGGACAGUGUUAAGAAAUCCACCAUUAAACGUCUAUGGUGGUCAAUUCUGCUGCGCGACCGAUGGAUUUCCCUCGCCCUCCGCCGACGCAGCCAGCUUACAACAAAGGAUUUCGAUGCUGAGAACAAUAUCUUGGAGGAGGGAGACUUCACAGAGGAGAUCCAGGAAUCUAAGGUGUAUGACGUGCAAACCAAGCGCAUUCUUUUCAAGGUGCUACAGCAGCAGUGCCGUCUAGCGGUUGUCCUUACUGACAUGAAUUCCUUCAUCUUUUCAUCUUGGGAAAGCUCUGGAAUGGGAUUUCCCUCAAAGGAGUUCCCGACAUGCAUGGGUAAUGUUCUGAAGACAAGAAAUAGAUUACGUCAAUGGGACACGGAAUCGCGGUAUUCUCUGUCGUCGACUCCUUCUAAUGUCUUGCAUUCAGUGACGUCUUUUAUCAAGAUGACAUAUGUCUAUUACUACACAGCCCAUAUUCAUCUGGCCCAUUACGAAGCCCUUCUCCUCGAAGCCAACCUGAUGUUUGUCGGACACUCGUACACCAUGCAGCUCCAGCAGACUGGUGACUGCCUCCAAGAGGCUGUAAAUGAAUUGCAUGAUGUUCUGAAAUACUUCAGUAAUAUGAAGGAUAUUGAAGUUAUUCCGCUUUCCAUAUUGGCAUUCAUUGGAUGGCCGAUAGUGGUGGCGGCGAUUGAUGCUGGCCUGGCACGAAACGACAGCGAAGCCGUGCAACGGCAGCAACGGCUAAACGUUCUAGGGACAAUUUAUCAUGCCCUUAUAGAACUCUAUGAUGUAACAAAGUUUGUUGCUGUGGGUACAAAGGAGAUCCUCCGCCUCGUAACGAAAAUGUCAGGGGAGCUGGGUAUUCGAGGACGUCGACCCGCGCGGGCAUCUGAGGCGUACCGACAAAGAGCGACAUAUCCGACUAGGACAUGGAAGGCCGUCGAGGCAAAGCAUGCCUCGGGGUGGUUUGAUUUGUUUAUCCGCUAUCCCCGUAUAUACCUUCUCAUCUCAACCUCUACAGACUACUCUCUUUCGUCGGGCCGACUACCACAUGAAAACGGUUUACCGGAGGUCCUACGGUCAGUGGCCUCCGGCUUCUUAGGGUUUCAGCUGCCAUGGGUGACUAAGGUGUCCUUGGGUGAAACUGAACGGAAGGCGCAAGAGUCGAGCGUCAGGCCGCGAGAUAUUACCGAAGUAGACUUUAUAGGUCCUAGUGCACAGCUGGGCCCGAGAACCACUUCCCAGACAGGACCACAAAUGUACGCCAGACAGCAGGCGCCUGAGCACUUGUUCUCGCCAUGUCAAGUGACUCGGAAUGGCCAAGGUCUCCCUGGUGACAGGGAUGAACCUGCAGUAGCAUUCGAAUUUCUCCAGUCAAUGCCACCUAUUGACGCAGAGUUUUGCCUUCCGCGAAUGAAUGAUAUGGCGUAUCCUGUACCCUGGCAAGGCCCUCUGAAUGCAUCAGGGAUAUCCUUUGCAGCAGGGACGGAGAGCAUGGACAUGCAAGAGCAGGCUGGCUUUAGAGAUAGCCACGGUGUCCUAAGCGCGUGGAGAAUCUGA